CUGGCUUGUUUGGGUGAUUCUCUGGAGUAGUGCUCUAUAAUUAUCCAAUACCCUCCUCUCUAUAUAAAAUAAUUGUGAGGGGUCCCCUUUGAUUAUUUUAGUGCCUAUCCUUUGUUGGCACUCUCUGGGGCAUCUUUUUUCUCCUCAUGCACCUGGAACUUCACUGAGCUAAGAAUGGUUUUGUUUGGGCAUGCCUAAAUAGAUCCAAGUAAUAUAUUAUUCCUUGGUUGGGGGUGGGGGCUGUGGAGGGAGUUUUAAAUAGGAGUGCUCAUUGAGGGGGAAUUGAGGAGUUGUGGGGUUGUUCUUUGUGUCCCCAAAAGGAGAGCUUCAUAUUGAGGAAAGGGUGUGAUCAGAGGGAGUUGGAAAAGCUUUCUCCUUCUCUAUCUUUCUUUCUUUCUUUCUUUCUCUCUCUCUCUCUCUCUCUUUCCAUUGAAGAAGCUCCUUUUGUGUUCCUCAUCAUAGGAGCUGAUACCAAAGAGUUGAUCACAGUAAUAUUGAAAUAGACAACUGGACAAAUUACAAUUCUACUUUGGUCCCUCAUAUCAGAUGGUUUUCGGAAUAAAUUUACGUCAUAUCUCAAGACCUUCAUCUGGAAUUUUAAGUCCUAUACAUUUAAAGUUGGAUUACCUAUUGUCUGCAUUUGCAAUUUUCGGACUGGAUUGUCGUCUUCCCGGCAGACACUAGUGGGAAUCUCAUCAAAGUGCUAUAAAAUCAAUCAACUUUGGCCUCACUAGAAUCGGAAUAUUUGCAGGGCGACACCGACAUUUUUGGAAACCGAAUUGCGACACGUAUAUUGGAGAAUAACAAGAAGACAAAAUCAUUCUGUAACAUUUGGGUUUCUCCACUUGUUUUGGUGACACACAAAAGAUCAAAUUCUCCGCAAUUUCUUUAAAAGGAGAGCGCAAUGGAGCAGUUCAUUCGACGUUACGAUAGAGAAUAUCUGAAGAUGGCCAUGCUGAAGCAUGAAGAAACUUUUAGACAGCAGGUUCACGAGCUCCAUCGAUUGUAUAGAGUUCAGAAGCUACUGAUGAGGGAGAUGGAGAGCAAAGAGCUGAAGAGACAAAGGACCCCUUCAUCCUCUCCUACCAACCGUAAUCCGAAUAAGCCUCGAAAGGCACUUAACUUAGAUCUGCCAGCUGAUGAAUAUAUAGUAAGCACCAAAGAAGAUGAUGAAGAGGCCAUGCUAGAUAUCGAGCAGGAGAGCGAAUUAGAUCUUACGCUUGCCAUCGGAAGCAGUAGAAAGAAGAGAGAAGGGACUGCUUUCGCUUCUUGCGACUCCGGAGCGAGCUUCUCGUCAUCUUCAACCGAGUCCGGCGGGCAUUUAGGCCAUGAAUGGGGACUUGUUCAGGUGCCGAAUGUGAACACUAGCUUUCAGAGUGAGAGGACUAGAGCUUUCGACGCAGGAGAGGGAAUGAUGCAGGAGGGGCUUAAGCAACAGCCAUGGCUUCUCCAUUGCUUAAGCCUUAAGAUGACAUGAAUAGCCUUAUUGUCACUUUUAGCUUUUUUAACUAGGCUUUUUCUUCUUCUUUUUUUUUUUUUUUUUUUUACUCUCCUUAGGAAUGAUAUUUGGUGGCUUUUUAGGUAGAAUGAGGAGAAACCUAUCCUGUCCAUCUGCUAAUUUGUUUGUGCUUGAUGCUUAGUCUGAUUAAUCUAGUUGGUUAUUCUAAUGAAGAGAAAAUUAUUAACCUCAAAGAGGAUGUGUUGAUUGGAUCUCCAUUGUUCCAUGCAUCCACAUGUAAGAGGAUAAGGCAGGAGGGAAGAGAGACAAAACAACACAGGCAUGUGCUUCAUCCCCACCUAAAUUAUGUGUACUAAGUAGAAAAAUAAAGAGAGAGAUUAUUAGAUUAA